AUGUGUCGCGUGGAAUGUGUUUCCGUCGACGUUCAAGGAGCCAAUGCGCCGCCACAUCGAUACGCAAGAGCUCCGCAAUUGUGGGCCUUAGGCAUCGGUGCUGUCAUCAGCGGUCAAUACUACGGCUGGCAGUCGUCCCUCAUCGCCGGUUUCGACGGAAUGCUCUUCGUCUUGUGCAUGGUGACGGUUCUAUACGUGAUGCUAUCGUUUUCCAUUGCAGAGCUGUCGGCGACAAUUCCAGCUGGAGGAGGACCCUACAUCUUCGCACUGCAUGCAAUCGGCCCUCGAGCAGCAUUCUUCAGCGGUUUGGCCGAGACAUUGAAAGUCAUCGCUGUCAACGCGUCGACCUUCUACACUGUCUACUCGUACCUGCAAGCGCUGUUCGACGUCGAUGUCAAGUUCGCUCCAGUAUUCUUCAUCACCUUUGGCAUUUUGUUCUUGAGUCUGAACAUUUUUGGGGUUCAGGCGUCGUUCCGGAUACAGGCGUGCUCGACUACGCUAUGUGUGGCGCUACUAUUGAUUUUCUUCACCGCGGCGAUACCAUACGUCGACUACAACACGUGGGUCGUCGAGCAGCACUGGGAGUUCACCGGCUUGGACAACACCAUCCACGCUAUUCCCUUCGCCAUGUGGUUCUAUCUGGGCAUCGAGGAGCUCCCACUAGCUAGUGACGAGACCAUCGAGCCCGAGAAGAACGUUCCUCGAGGAUUGUUUCUCUGUAUAACGACUUUGAUCUUUCUGUCUUUCGGUACGGCCACGUUCAGCUCCCUCAUUUCCCCUGGGGCUGCAGCCAUGGCCAACGUCUCGGCUCCGCUUGUGACCAGCUUUCAGACCAUUUUCGGCAACGGAACCACAACGAUGGUGCUCAAGUGGCUGACUGUCAUUGCGUUGACGUCCAGCCCCAAUUCGUACAUCUUCUUUAUGGGACAGUUGCUGUUCGCGAUUGCGAAGGACGGAUACUUCCCUAAGUUUCUCGCCUACGAGCACCCAACUCGAGGCACUGCAGUCGGUGCUCUAGUCUUCGGAACCGUGAUGUGCGAGGCCAUCGCGAUCGUGCUCCACUACACGAUUGGCGAUGCCAACCUAGGCUCAGCGCUGAUCAACUUGACACUUCUGGGAGCUCUCAUUUCUUACGUGUUUCAACUGCUCUCGUACAUCUACCUAGCCGUGCGGCAGCCUGGGCGUGCUCGACCGUACCGCAGCCCAUUCGGUGUCUCCGGAGCCAUUCUUGGCAUUGCGCUCUGUGGCGUGGCCAUUGCCGCUAUCCUGUAUAGCAGCCUCAGCGACACUAUCUUCCUGGCAUCCAUUGUCGUGACCGUGCUAGUGUUCAUGGUCGGCAGCGUUUACUACUUCAAGCACGUCGUGCCCCAGAUCAAGAGUAACAUACUAUUCUCACCUGCUGCACCCAAGGGUGUGCGUGAAAAGAUUGUCAAGCGCAGUCAGGCCAGCUACCAUACCAUGGCGCCGAGUAAGACCGGCUUGUCGGGCCGGCUGCGCGAGUAAGGGCCUCACUGGUAUUCGUAUUGAUUUGCCUAUGUUAUGCAUUAUACUAAGUACAUUGUAAGUGAACUCGAAUCGAUACCAGUUUACCUUUCACCAACCACCCAAGGAAUUUUCAUUGUUUAC